AUGCAAUUUAUUCAUUGUCUUAUUAAUAUUCGUGCAAUCCAUGAGUCAGUUGCUGUUACUAUCGCUUAUGGAGCUAUUGAGGUGGUUGAUAGGAGAGAGUUAUGGAGUGUCUUGGAAAAUAUAGCUAUUCAGUGUGCUGAUAUCCCAUGGUUGAUUGGAGGGGACUUUAAUGCAGUUCGCGACCUCAGCGAAGUUUGUGGCACAUCAGGGGAUAUCCGAAUAGCUAUGGAAGACUUUAAUGCAGCCAUUCAGAAUACAGGACUACUACCAGUACCCAUGCAGGGAGAGUGGUACACAUGGCACAACCAUAGUGCGACACCACGGAACCUUUGGAAAAGAUUGGACCGCAUGUUGAUAAAUGAUAGAUGGAUGGCACGAUUCCCUAACACAUUCUACUCGAUCCUUACACCAUGCACUUCAGACCACUCACCAAUGGAAAUAUAUGGGGACCGACAACAGCAGUAUGGAGGUAUGUUCCGAUUCGAUAACUACCUCGCUCGUUCACCUGAGUUUAUUCCUAGUGUGCGGAAUAUAUGGCAACAUAACAUUGUUGGUACGCCUAUCUAUGUUGUGGCAUGCAAACUCAAAGCACUGAAACCAAUAUUCCGAGAGCAAAGGAGAAAUAAAGGGGAUCUAUCGCACAAUGUUCAAAUGGCGAAAGGGUUUCUUGAAGCAACACAAGUUCUUGUUAGCUCAAGAAGACGAGAUGAGCUAUUCAUACAACUAGAACACUGUUGUCGACUCGUACUGGCCAAAGCAACAAAACUGGAACAAAUUAUGCUACAACAACGAGCGAAGAUGCAGUGGAUGAAGGGAGGGGGAGAUAGACGACGAUCAAUUAUUGACAUUCGAUUUCUCAGACCGUGGGCUAGGCACAUUCUGAGUAAUGAGGAAUCUACCGCUUUGCUGUUACCGUUCACACCAGCAGAUGUCAAACAGGCGGUUUUUAACAUUGCUGAGGACAAAGCCCCAGGCCCGGACGGAUACUCAUCGGGCUUCUUCAAAGCAGCAUGGCCUAUUGUUGGACAGGAAGUGACUUCGGCAAUACUGGACUUCUUUCGUACAGGCCGACUUCUGAAGCAGAUAAAUACUACACUGUUGGCGCUCCUUCCAAAAGUACAUUCCCCUAUGACGGUUAAUGAUUUUCGGCCCAUAGCAUGCUGUAAUGUGCUUUAUAAGAUCAUUGCAAAGCUCAUUGUCCAAAGGCUGAGUGUGAUAAUGGACAAACUAAUCAAUCCAUGCCAAGCGGCAUUUGUGCCGGGACGCAGCAUUGGAGAUAACAUCAUGCUAGCACAGGAACUCUUUACGGUGGAUUGGGACAUCCUGAUAGUAGAUUAUCGUGAUUUCAGAAAUGGAGACUUCCGGAAGGCAUGGGACUCGUCUAUCGUGGAUUACCAGGUUGGAAAUGGAGACAGAUUCUUUGUUUGGCAGGACCCAUGGCAUCACUUGGGUCCACUUAUUGAGCGGUUCCCUCGUGGUCCACGUCAUCUUAGACUUGAAAAAUCUGCAAAACUCAGUUUG